GUUACAACCUCAGAAUCAAAACAAUUUCGAACGUUGUAGCAAACAGACGUGUAACGCUGGAAAUAAAUAAUAAUAAAAAAUAUCACCCUCUCUUCGUAUUAAAAACAAUUCCAAAGAAAUAAAGAGACAGAAUAGACAAAAACAAAAUAAAACAAAUCCUGUAGAUCAAAGCAUAUAACAGAAAAAACUCCUAAAAAAGAGAGUGUUAAUUUAACAGUAAAAACAAAAAAGAGAAAGUGCUGAAAAGAUAAAUAUUAGACUUUUCUUUAUUAUUAACGUGUUUUAAAAUUAAAAAAAGAAAAAUUGAAAUUUUAUUAAAAAAAAAAAAAACAAAUUGACCCCACCUUAAAUUGUUGUUUUGUGUUAUUACUUACUUGGUCCUUUUUAAAAAUUAAUACUUCAUCAUGGCAUUUUCACUGAUCAGUCGUGGUUUAUUGCGUACUUCCAGAGAGCUAUUGGAACGCAAUAUGGCUGUCGGUGCUGUUACGAUUCUUAAUGGUUAUGUGGAUAUUGAUGUUAAAAACUCUACACAUAGCCGUCUUAUAUCUUCAACAUCUUCAGCUUUACAAACUAAUCAUCCAACCAAAAAUCAAGCUGGCCAAGCCAAUAAAAUUUAUAAUAAGAAAUUACAAAACUUAUCCCGGCAACAGGAAGAUAUUGAAAGUGAUUCCGAUUCAGAUGAUGAAUAUGAGCGCAAAAGACAAAAUUUAAAACAGAAAUACAGCCAAAAGGGUGAUUCUGAAUUUUGGCGCCGUAAAAUGCGUACUUUACAUCGUAUUUUAGAUGUUAAUCGUGAUGGUGUGAUCUCAUUCGAUGAUUUUACUUUAUUGCACAAACGUUUCUCCGACUUGGGACAUUUGACACCAGAAUUAUCAGCAGAAUUCUUGGAUGUUAUGAAACAAACCUGGGAAGAGCAAUUUGGUGAAAUAACACCCUAUAAUCUAGUAACAGCUGAACAAUUUUUAACAGAUCUACAUCAUCGUUUAAAUGAUGAGAAAAUGUUCAAAAGAGUGGGUAGAUUCUUGCCCUAUUUGUUCAAGGCUGUUGAUUAUGACCAUACCGGUCAUUUAGAUUUAGAUCAAUAUAAGCUAUUCUUCCGUUGCUUGGGCCUCUCCGAUGAGGAUGCUGCCAUUUCAUUUGCUGUGAUAGAUAUUAACGGUGACGGUCAGGUGUCACUCAAAGAGUUUGUACACUUGGGACGUCAAUUCUUUUUGACUGAAGAUGAAUCAAAAAUUUCCAAAAUGUUUUGGGGUCCGCUAAUUGAUCAUUGACUUGCCGAUUAUGCCCACGAGGCUAUUAUGUUAAUGUUAGCCCGUGGCUCUUGGCAGGAUA